AUGAUGUUGGUCCAGCAUUGCGUUCAUUCCUUCCAUCUUCGGUCGAUCCGACCAACCACUGCUGUAUCGGCGGGUCGAAUGCUCCAAGAGCGAUCAUCCAAGACAGCUCUUUCGCGACUAUUUUCUGCAGUUUCUGAUGGGGCUGAGAAGAAGAGAGUUGUCUUUUUGGGCACUCCUGAAGUUGCAGCUACCUCGCUCAAAAAGCUAUAUGAGGUUUCCCAAGAAGAUGGAAGCACAUUUGAAAUUGUCAGCGUCAUUACACAGCCCCCAAAGCGAAGACGAAGAAAAGGAAAGCUGGAACCAAGUCCUGUUGGAAAGGUUGCAGAAGAGCUAGAAUUAGAAGUGAUAUCCCCCGAAAAAGCUAAAGACGUGGAGUUUUUAGACCAUUUGGAAAAUAUUAUCAAACCUGAUUUAUGUAUAACAGCUGCAUAUGGACAAUAUCUUCCAAAAAGAUUCUUGGCAGCCCCAACCCAUGGAACAGUGAAUAUCCAUCCCAGUUUGUUGCCCAGAUGGCGUGGUGCGAGUCCCGUUCAGCGAUCAUUGGAGGCAGGCGACAAUCCCGUUGGUGUGACGGUUCUCUUCACUAUAUCCAAGAUGGAUGCUGGACCAGUCAUUAGUCAAAAAGAGGAAAUGAUUGAUGAAAAUGAUACGGCAACCAAUGUUUUGCCCCACCUGUUUGAUAUUGGUACUGAAUUGUUGGUCGAUGCCAUGCCGGGUUUGCUUUCGGGAAAGAUCACAAUGGAUUCGGCAACGACACAAGACGAAGAUUCAGUGGUUCAAGCGGCAAUGAUUCGUCCUGAAGAAGCAGAAUGCAAACCAUGGGAAGAAUCGGCAGCCACCAUACACAACAAAUUACGAGGUUUCAGCAUGUGGCCUGGGGCGUUUGUUUACCUAGAAGUUGGGGAAGGAAUGGAGGCCGCCAAGUUCAAGUUGUUGGAAACUCGAGUUCUUGAUGAAACAGCCGAUGCAACAGAUGCCGUCUUGCCUGGAUCAAGCAAAAAGGAUGGAUUGCGUUUGGUCUGUUCUGAUGGAUCCGUUUUGGAGAUCAAUAGAUUGCAACCAGCAACACGUAAGCCUAUGGAUGCUCUUUCUUUUGUGAAUGGGUUGAAUGGAAAGACAGUUCGUUGGGUCAAGACUCCUUCCGAAUAG